AUGGCGGCAGCCAACGGCUCAACUGUCUUCCCGUGGGAAUGCCGAGACAAGGAGGACCAGGCAAAGAUAGCCUACAACAGUCCCCUUCGUCGUGCCAACCAGUCCCUCACUGAGGAAAACAUGAGACUCAAGCGAAUCUUGCGUGACAAUGGAAUUUCCUGGUCCCCAGUGGCUCUGAAUCACAUCAAGCAACUGGACCCUACCGCCCGCAAAACUCGGUCUUCCAUGACUGCCCAGGACAUGGGCCAUCCGUACCUCCCCAUGGAGGUUCUCCUGCGGAUUCUCAAGUUUGCCAUGAAGAGCCAGCAUCCCAUCAUAGAUCCCAUGUCGCCCAUCACGUCCGAAAACCUGGCCGAGAAGGAGAAGGGCAGAGGUAAUCAGAUCGCCAUUAACUUCCUGGCGACUUGCAAGGCCCUUCAUGUCGAAGGAACCCGCUAUCUUUGGGAAUCCAACGACUUUACCUUCACCACCCCUCAGGCCGUGCGCAACUUUGCCGAACUGCCCUUCAAGUUUCGCCAGGGCAUCACUCGUGUCACCUUUCGCAUCAUCGCCCGGUAUUAUGAUGAUUCACGCAACCGCAAGCAUAAACUUGAUCGUUGCUACCACUCCGACCUGAAGAAGGAUCAACUACUCAAGGUUCACCUACGACCAACCGAGACGCCCCUUGUUCGCGGUGGUUUCCGAUGCUACACUUGGAAUCAGAUUGUCGACUUCUUGGAGGGUCUUCGUGCACCGUAUGAUCCCAGCGUCAAAAACAAGAAGCAGCCUCGCCCUCGACUUUUGCCCUCCCUCACGUCGUUGCGACUUGAUCUUGUCAACUUCUCUGACACCCUGCUGCCCUUUUCGGGAUCGGAAUUGCACGACAUUGCAUCCCACGAACUCGGAUGCACCUUGAACGAACUCCAGAUCACGGGAAUGCCGUUUGAUGAUACAGGCAUGAAGGCAUCGGCCGAGUUGAGUGGGAUGCUCAAGGACGAGGGGCUGUACCUCGAUGGACCCGCUUCCUACAUCGCCCAGUCCCGAUCCCUCCAGCCCCUCUCUGGAAAGAAAUGGUGUGCCAGAGUCAUCCGCUCUUGGAAGGCUAAAGACAAUGACAACGAGGACACGGACGAUUCUGACACUCCCAACGGCCACUCGAGCCAUAAUCACGGCAGACUCGGGGCACUUCCCCCCGCUCCCAGGGAGGAGGGUCACCCUACCUCGAGCCGCGACGAGGGGACGGUCAUCUGGAAGCGUGUUCCAAAGUCUCGUGACAACCCAGAGCGCGAAUGGAUUCAAUUUUCUCGAUUUAGUGGGUAUGAGAUGAAUGAUUUGGACUGGGAUAGUGAAGAAGAAGGCAUCUGCCCCUGCUGUGGAGAAUCUCAUCCAGGCUCGUCCUUCCUAGAAUUUUUGCUCGACGAGGAUAUCGCUGACUGA